AUGCAAUCAGGUGUGCAUCAUCAUACGAACACAAGACGUGUUCAAAUACCAUCUGUGGCUGCAUCUGGUAUGCAAGCACAACAUCAAAUUGUUAUGACUGGAAAUGGUAAUAACCAACUGGCACAGUCGUCAUCCCAACAACCGUACACUGUUGUUGUUUCAUCACAAGAUAAUAUUUUAACGGGUGGGACGUCACAAAUGAGUGGUACACGUAUUCAGUAUACAACUCGACAAGAAGGACCAUCUGAAAGACAGACAAUCUAUCGUACAAUUGCGCCAACCGGUACUAAACGCACAUCUCCAGCCAAUCCGGCUCAGCGUGUCGGUGUAUGUUUCUUUCGAUUAUUGUUCUUUGAAUGA